ACUGUAACCCUUAAACCACUGAACCACAUCAUCCAGCGCCACAUCCAGGCGCCUCCUAAACACCUCCAGGGAUGGUGACUCCACCACCUCCCUGGGCAACCAUUCCAAUGCUUGAUCAUCCUAACAGUGAUAUUUUUUUUCCUAAUAACUAAUCUGAAUCUGCCGUCUCAGUUUAAAGCCAUUUCCUCUCAUCAUCUCACUGCAGGCACGGUAGAAGAGACCGGCCCCUCACCACAAUCUCCUGUCAGGUGGUUGUAGAGAGCGAUGAGGCUCCUGCACCCUCAGGCCCCGUGGAGCUGGGUUAGGGCUCCAUGGAGCCCCACGCCACAGCCCCGGCCUUGCUCCCCCCUUCCCCAGGGCUUCUCCUCCUCUCCCUCUCCUCUCCAGUCGGUGGAGAAGGGCAGGUGUGCCCCGAAAACACUGGGGAAGUGGCUCCAGGCUCCCUGACCUUGGCUAUGGAGCUGGCCCCAGCAGCAGCCCAGGACAGCGGCUUGGCCAGCACGUCUGCUGGCAGUCUGCAGGUCUCCAGGGAGAAAAGCCAGCCUGCCAGCUCUUAGCAGUGCUGGACGGUGACCUAAAGGCACUGGCAAGUGCUUGUCUGAAGCAAAUCCCUCUGUGAGCCACUACUACCCCUUUUUGGCACUGAAAUGCCAUGUUGGCACUUGAGGCUAAGGAGGCCUUUCCAGAAAAACAAGGCACGUAAAAGAUUAGUCUUGAACUACUAUAGGGGUUCAAAGGAAAGUAUUAAAAAUAACAAGAACAGGAGUGCUGGAAACACUGCCUCAGGGAGUAUGUGCAGGAUGUAGUUAAAGCAGGAUCUUUAAAUCUGACUGGCAUCCCACAGACUGUUCUCGAGCCGACCAGUACUUUAAAACCACGUACAGUACUCAAUGCACCACUGCCACCAUGAAAACUCCAUGUCAGAGUGCGUGGAUCCUCCAUAAAUCCAUCCCGCUGAGGUUUGGUGUGGACAGAGCUUUAGGAGUGCUGCAAAAGGCCGAUUUGCAGCAGCCGGUCCUUUGCGGCGGCGCUGUGCCGGGCCGGGCAGAGCGGCGGCGGCCGUGCAGCAUGCUGGAUCCGGAGGGCAGUGUGGAGCAUCAGCCUUCCCCUUCCUUCCCCAAACUCCUGCUCAUCCCUCUAGCCAUGCUCCUCGCAAUUGCAGCGCUCCUGCUCUUAGCCUUUUCCGCCACGCGGCAGAAAGAGCCUGAUUUUUACACUUUCAAAGUUGUAAACAUCAGGGGCAAGUUAGUCUCCCUGGAGAAGUACAGGGGCUCGGUGUCACUGGUUGUCAACGUUGCAAGUGAGUGUGGGUACACAGACAGCCACUACAAGGCCUUACAGCAGCUGCAGAGGGACCUGGGCCCCUACCAUUUCAAUGUGCUGGCCUUCCCCUGCAACCAGUUUGGGCACCAAGAACCAGACACCAACAGAGAAAUCGAGAGUUUUGCGCGAAAGACUUACGGUGCCUCCUUUCCCAUGUUCAGCAAAAUCACAGUCAGCGGGGCUGGAGCAAUUCCUGCCUUCAAGUACUUAAUUGGUGAGUAA